AUGCCUCAAUGUUGUGUUGUGCCUUUGUGCUCAUCGAGAACAUCAGGACACAGGUUUCCUAAGGAUAGUUUGAUGAGAAAAAAGUGGAUUAUCGCCAUAAGAAGGGAUAAAUUUGUGCCAACAAUAAAUGCUCGUAUCUGCAACAAACAUUUUGUGAAAACAGAUUAUGUAUUGCCCCUGGAUUCGAAUGUAAAAAAUCCAAAGCCUCGGCUCAAGCAGGAUGUUAUACCAAGCCAAUUUAGCUGGACUGAAACGAAACGGGAAUCAGCCAAGCAGAGAAUAGAACGGAUGAUAAAACGUGCUCUAAGAAAAGAAUCAUCACAUUUGUCAUCCAUCAGUUCAUCUAGCCCAGUCCCACCAGAACCUUGCGAUGAAGUCGAAGUAGAGUCUACACCAAUGGAAAUAAAUGACCAUGAAGAUGAACUUAUAGAUAAAUGUGAUGCAUCAACUAUGACUAGUACACCACUUAACUCAUUAUGUAUCGAAAAUUUGCAAUGUUAG